UUACAGUGUAGAUUUACCAUCCAUUUCUGCAUGAACUGUUACAAAAUUUAUGUAUUUAAUGCAUAUUAAUACAUUCAGAGUAGCAAUGUAGGGCAUGAAAUCAAAAGCUGGAUACGUUCAAAGAAUGCAUCUGUUUUCUUCUUAAUAACUAACUAAUUAACGCUUAAUCCAGCUUCUUAUCAACCAGUCCAGCCCAUGCACAGAACAUCCUGCAAUUCUGGGUUCUGUACUGAUUAUCAUGAGGAAUUUAUAUGAAUUUUGAAUUUUACAUAACGGUGUCAUUAGACCAGUUCAACUAGUUUGUACAUACCUAGCGUGCUGCCAUCAAGUGGACUUUUUUUUAAACCCACUGUGCUCUUGAUAAUGCAGCAAACAUUUUUUAUAGCCUUCCCCAGAUCUGUGCCCCCGUCUCUGAGAUCUGGCUUGGUUUUUGAUGUGAUUGAUCUCAUUUUUUAGUUGUUGGACCUUAUAAAGUCCGCAUCAAAUAUAAAUAUAAACCACGCCCAGUGGCUUCAAACAACAAUAGGCUAUAUCCCUCCCACAGCUGGCAGUCCACACGUACUUCGAUGAUUAUUUCCGGCAAUCGCGUGCCUGAGUAGUUUAAACAUUCUAUUGAGUUGAGUUCAAACGUCAGAAGCAGAUAUUGGGACCAGGACUCAAGAUGACCCUCACUGUGAAAAACAUUGCUGUUACUUACAAUCCUAUCAACCAGGGCAAUACCUUCAGCAGCGGGGACUUUAUAUCGGGACAAGUCAUUCUGGAUGUAGCUAAGGACACACAAAUGCAGUCGUUGAGUGUGAAAAUUAAAGGGAAAGCAGAGGUGUGCUGGUCCGAGCAUUAUGGUAAAACUACUGUUGUUUAUUCGGACAAGGAGAAGUUUUAUUCCGUCAAGAGAUUUUUUGUUCGGGAGGACAAAACACACGGAAAUGAGAUGCUGAACGAUCCAUCGGGACAGCCGUAUUCUUCUGUUGUGGCAUCCGGGCGUCAUGUUUAUCCAUUCACUUUUCAGUUGCCUCAACAGCACUUUCCACCAACCUUCAAAGGUUCAGUUGGAAAGGUUGUCUACACUUUAGAGACGAAACUAUCCAGAUCAAUGCGUAUUUCUAGCAAUGCCAAAACUGAGUUUCACUAUGUCCCCAGACCAGAUGUGUCCAAUCCUGAACUAAUAGCACCUCAGUACAGAACCAAAGUUAAACAAAUGAAACUCUUCACCUCUGGGAGUGUCUCCAUGAACAUAAACACUGAAAAAAUGGGAUACUACCUUGGAGAGGGCUUGAAAGUUUUGGCUGAAGUUCAGAACAAUUCUUCCCGUGCACUCAAGCCAAAAUACUGCCUGUAUGAAAAACACAGUUUUUUCGCAAAAGGAAAGAGGAGGCUACACACGCAUGAUUUGUUUAAAGAGGAAGGGGAACCUAUUGAGCCAAACUCAAAGAAAACUGUCACCAAAGUCCUGUCCAUACCUCCCAGCCUGACCAUCUCUAUCUUAAACUGUAGGAUCCUCAAGGUUGAGUACAGACUCAGGGUCUACCUGGAUGUGCCGUAUGCCUCAGAUCCGGAGAUCAAACUCCCAGUUGUGAUUCUUCCUCCCCCGCCUGUGUCUGGUGCUACAAACAGUGACUUUGGAAUCUGGAAUCAGCCACCAGGAAUCAAUAUGUACCCCAACCCACCUCCUAUGGCUCCUCAAGCCCCACCACAUAAUGUGGUUGGACCACCUGGUCAGUUUGGAGCUCCUGGUUAUCCUGGACCUCCGGGUCACUUCGCUCCCCCAAGUUACACCGGACCUCCGGGUCAGGUCGCUCCUGCUAGUUACACCGGACCCCCUGGUCAGUUUGGUCCUUCAGUUUCGCAUCAGUCUGCCCCAUCAGCUCCACCUCCAUAUCAGGAAUAUCAAUUAUAUCCACACUUGCCAGACCACCCUGAAAAAUCUUGACAAAGUGAUUUUAGAUUCAGCUUCUAGGGUUCUUUUAUUAUUACUAUUUUAUCUAGAUUCCUAGAAUCAUUUAUAUUAAAGUCUUUUAAAUUUUAGGUAGUGCAUGAUGUCGACUGAUAGUAAGCUAGCAGUAUUCUAUAUACUGUUUAUUUUUGUAUUUCUAAACCUUUGGUAAAGUGAUGAUACAUACUUAUUUAUUAAGUAGACGAUUGGUCUCUAGAAAUGGAGAAAUGCCUUAUAGAGUUUCAGGACAAAGUAUGUGAAUCUGUGCACUAUUUAAAAAAAGUAAGUGUUGAUGCUCUAAAAUUGUACAUUUAUUCAACUAGAAAUUUUAAAUUGUACUAAGUGACAAUUUGGAUAUAUGAGUUGACUAAACUAAAAAUUUAAGGCAGUACAAACACUUUUUUUUUUUUUUUAGGUUGAAACAACAGGGUUUUUUUUUAGUGUAGAUUUACCAUCUGUUUCUGCAUAAAUUGUUACAGAAGUUAUGGAUUUACCAUGAGUUUCUACAUGAACUGUUACAAAAUUUAUUCAGCACUUAAACUAAGUUACAACAAUACAGACAAACAAGUGUGCUUAACACACAACCAUAUGUUUUCUUUCACACUGUGACAAUAUUGUUCAAGUGAAUACUGUAUUUUCUAUUUAUGAAUGAAAUAUAAAACUGAAUGUACUCACAAAUAUUACAGACUUGCAUAUUAUCUUAUUAACAGGUGGAAAACAGUACAUUAAGUCAUUUAUUAUUUGUUAAUUUUUUUUAUUUUUUAUAAGCUACUCUUUACAGCUUGGCUAUGUAACUUUUUGACGUCUAGCGGUUAAAAACAUAAGAAUGUGCGUAAGAACAUUUUAGUUGUUUUUAGUCUCUGCAUUGGUGUACACAUGCAAAAAGAUGUUCUCUGAGCAGGUGCCUUAUUUUAUGCUGUUGUUUUGACUUAUUGGAAACAUUGUCAAAUAAACAUUUUCAAAAUGACGAAAGAUAAGUGUACAUGUCAAGUUGUCAACAUAAAACAU